AUGAGACCACAACUAACCACCACUUUUCUUUUCUCUCUUGCCGCCUCCGCUCUCGCCAACCAUGACCAAUUAGUCAAGCGUCAAUCUCAGGCCAGCUCUGCGCCAGCGGCUUCGGGGACUGUCGUUGUCGGAGUUACCAUUCCACCUUUGGCGCAGAUAACGAUGGGGAUGCCGACUCAACAAGUGCCGGUUGCAACAAGAACCGCACCACCAGGGGCUACGCCCCCGAUAGCAGGGGCCCCAACGCUCCCAUCGCCUGCUUGGUCUUUUGUACAAGGACAAUGGCCCGCGAUGGAUAAGCCUAUCGAUACAUCAACGGACCAGGUGAAGGAAUGGAUGAAAGAAUUGGAUGGGUAUAACAUCCCGGACUUGAAGCCUACUGUGGACGGCUCUUGCGCGAACGAUACUGCUGCUGCUGCCAAUGCCUCCGCGCGAGGAUGGUGGACCUGUGGAGGUUACACUCGGGCAACCGACAUCACCGCCUGCCCCACGAAGCUACAGUGGGGAGUGUCGUUCGACGACGGGCCGAGUCCAUACACAACUAACCUUCUCACCUAUCUGCAUGACAAGAACAUCUCAGCAACAUUCUUUGUGGUCGGCUCGCGUGUCAUCUCGUACCCCGACAUCCUAAUCAACGAGUACAUGGCCGGCCAUGAAAUUGCUGUCCACACUUGGUCCCAUCCCCAUCUCACAGCGCUUACAAACGAGCAAAUUGUAGCCGAGCUUGGAUGGACUCGUCAUGCUAUCAAGUCUGUCUUAGGAGUUACACCCACGACGAUGCGACCACCUUACGGGGACAUCGACGAUCGUGUUCGUAUGAUCUCGUUGGCUAUGGGGUUGGUUCCCAUCAUCUGGACGCGCACACCCAGUGGAGCUUCUUUCGAUACCUUUGAUUGGCGAGUGGCGGGCGGCGUGGUCGACGGAACUACCUCUUUCAAUACGUUCCAGAACAUCCUUAGCAAUGCGACAACACUCGAUACCGGUUUCUGUGUAUUGCAACACGACCUCUACGAAAUCACCGUCGAUCUCGCUCUUGGAUAUACCAUGAAUGCGGCCUUGAGCCAUAACCCUGCGUUCAACCUUGAAUCCAUUGGACGGUGCAACAAAAUCCCCGCGACAAAUAUGUUCGUUGAGUCGAAUGUCAACAAAAGCUUCCCAUUCCCUUCACCCCCUGCAUCCAUGGCAGGCCAAGGCGGCAAUUCGUCAACUAACGGGAAAGUGUCUUCUCGAGGCGGGGCAGGAGGCUCCAGCGAUGCGCAGUCUCUUAGAUGGAGCGCUUUGCUUGCUGCCGGAGCUUUAGCAUCUACUUUACUCUUUGCAUAG